AUGGAGACAUCAAAAUCACCCAUCGAACAUUCAACUGCUUUAAAGUUUAUAAGUGAUUACAAAAAGGCUGUUGAUGACGAAACAGUUGACAGCUUUCAAUAUAACGCGUCUGCACUGAUCGAUCUAGCCAAGGAUAAGCAGGAAUUAUUUGAGGAGGAUAUCGCCAUUAUACGAGAACAUUUGACGCGACUAUUCGUUACUGUCCUCGGAGAAGAAAGCAACGAGUGGCAGUGGUCGAGACUCUAUGAGGUAUUAGAAUCAUUACAGCCAUGGAGUUCAUCAAUCAUUAGCCAUCAGUCAAAGGAUACAACUAGCAAUAAUAAAAUUACUUCAGCUGUAAAUGGCUCGAAGCAGGCUGAGAACGUAACCGAGAAUGCAUCAAAAAGCCCAAGAUUAAAUAAACAAAUCCCCGCAAGAAAUCCAUUAAAAGAAGAAGAUAAUCCCUAUGUGCUAAAAAUUAGGGAUAAUCAAAGCUAUGUUCCGGAUGAUGAGUUAAAAUUUAGAGACAUCAAUGAAUCUCUCCCUGUAGUGCUCCAAGAAAUAUCUCAACGUGAAUCUGCAUGGCCAAAUCCUGUAGGAGCAACUAUUGCUGCCAUGAAAUUAAAUUUACCAGAUCAUGUCAAGGAAACCGGUGAAAAACCUGACUCUAUUGACCGUGGCAGUAAAGAUAAUUUGAUAAGCAUUUCAAUAAGUCCAAGAACAAAGAAAAUCUUAAAAGACAGCCGUGCAGAAGAGCUUAAGAUAAAUACCGAGAUUAAAACCGGCUGGGAUAUUCUUAAGUUAUUUGCAGCUGGAAGACAUACCGGUCGUUUACAGUUUGCCUAUUUAAAUUUUGAUGACAGUACGAAAGAUUUCAGACCUUAUGAUUUAGUAGCGGUACCAAAAAAUAAGAUAAAUCCUGAGCAUUUCGUUAUGUCAUGCUAUGGUGUUCUACACGUUUAUCCGGAUCAAUCUGCAGAAUCAUUAACUUUAGAUGAAUGGCAAAAAGAAGCAACUAUAUUUAAUGCUAUAACUAAAAUAUUCUUUUUUCGAAAUUUUCUACUCCGGAAACUGUUUCUUAGAUGGAGAAGAAAUUCAAAGUAUUCCCAGUUUUAUAAAACUCGUCAAAUCAUUAGUCGCGACCUACUUUUGAAUAAUAACUCAUUUUAUUCUGCCAUAUCCCAGAUAUCCAGGUAUUCUCAGAAGAUUAUGGAUAAAACUUUUGAGAGCUCAUUAGACCGUUUAAAACACUAUGAAGCCUUGUGUAAAAAGAAACAGCCAAUAACGAAAGAAUCGUUGUAUAUAAUGAAACAGAAAGCAGAUAAACGGCAGCAAGAUCUAGAAGAUGCAAAAAAUGAAGUUCGGCGUUUAAGCCAUUUAGCUAGCUUAAUCGACUAUCUAACAAUCGAAAGUUUGGUUAAAAUGUCUCGUGCCAAUAUCACCAAGUUUGUUACUAAAACAUUGAGUGAUGAAUCGACUAGAAGAGAUGCCCUAUUUAAAGCUGACUUAGUUUUUAAUUCCGAAGAUCAGUUGAUGCUACAACCGUUUCAGCGCCAUUUUAGGAAGAUUAUCGCAUCCAUGCUAAACGAUAUUCCUUCAAUCUUGUGUGAAAUGAUUAAAACUAGUCAAUCUCCUGACGAACCUUUGGUUUUACAAACACUUACUAAUUCUAGCAGUUUUAUGCAAUCACCAUUACCAAGAAUAUCCAGCGUAAUGAAUCAGGCUCAGGAUACUACAGAAGUAAAUGAUUUAGAAGAAUCACAAAAUCAGCAAAAUACUAACGCUAAGCGUGGAGUUGCCUUUGCACCCACACCAUCAAACCAGGGCAAAGAAUUUAUGAGACUGCCAACUCCAACGAAGUCUCCAUCAAUACAAUUUUCCGACUCUAAACGCGAUUUAUCAACACGCGAAGAAUAUGUUGUUAAGCCAAAUUACAAUAUCGAAGUGCAAGGACAUAGUAUUAUAGCUCAGCAUACGCCUCUAUCUAAAAGAAAUUUAGAAGAAAAAUUACAUUUAGAUAUUCUAAUUCAAGAAUAUAAUCAAAAACAAUCACUCUUAGUCGAAGAAGACCUUACAGAUAUUGAUCAGUUUUGUGCCAAGUAUGAAUGGCUUUGUGAAAUUCAUGCUUUCGUCAGACAAUGGGGUAAUGAUCAAAUGAAUGAACUAAACAAAGUUAAUCCUCAAGUAUUUAAGGAGCAAUUUCAGAUCAUUAGCCAAUGGAUUGAAAGAGUCCAGGAAGUUCCUGAUUCAUUUAUCACAAGCAAUAAACUGUUUAAUAUCCACUGUAAAGGAAUAGAAUAUGCUUUACUACCGAGAUUAAAGCAGAUCUUUAAAAAUUUGGAUAAUUUAAUUAGCGAGAAAUAUCACACAUUGGCUGUAGGAUUUAUACGUGGGAUUGACAGUUUAACCACUGAAAUGUACGAAAGAAAAUUUGACAUUGAAAAGUUUGCCAAGUUUGUCCAUCGUGUUUCUCAAACGAACGAGAGUCAAAAUCAGCUAGAAGAUGAUCUUAAUAACAUCAAAUUUUAUUACGAGGUUAUCCGCAAGCACUGCCAUCAACCUACUACGGAAGAAUCGCAUUUGUUAUCUAAGCUAAAUUCUUGUUGGAGGAUAUUCUCCGUUAGUCUGCUGGAUGCCGUUGAAUUCGUUGAUAGCGAAAAACCAAUCAUGAUUGAAGGUUUAGAAGAAAAGAUCAAGGCUCUAGCUGCAGAUGCAGAAGACAUCGGCAAAGAUGCCACGUCUGGUAUUUUCUUGGAUCCCGACCAGAGUCCUUCUCAUGCUUUAACGCUUAUGAGAGAUCUACGAAAUGAAUUUCAAGAUAUUCGAACAAGCUUACUUAAUUUAAGUAAAUGGCGUGAGUCGAUUACUGGUCGCCCGUAUGAUUUUAGCCGUUUAACAGCGAUCUUAAAGAAUAUAGACAUACGCCAAGAGAUGUGGAAAUAUAUUGAAGUUUCGGAAGGAAGAAUAAGAGAUUGGAUGAAUACAUCAUUUUAUAAGUUGGAUGUUACCAAAUUAAUUCAUAAAGUAAACGAAUGGAAAAAUGCAUCAGUCCAGCUCAGAAAUCAACUUCCUAUAGGAGAUCGUGUCCUUGAUUACUGGAAAAAGAGUCUGGUCGAUAUUGAACGUCAUACACCAUUUCUAGCAAAGCUUUCAACGAAAUCAUUAAAGGCGCGCCAUUGGAAAGAUAUAUUUAUUGGAAUUGGCCAACCUUAUGAUUCUACGUGGCUUUUCACUACUAAAGAGUUGCUAUCAUUUGAUCUAGAAUUACAUACUUCGCUAAUUAACUCAGUGGUUGCCAGGGCUGACGCGGAGUUUGCGUUAGAAGGAUCUUUUCAGCAAAUUUGCAAAGUUUGGGAAGAUAAAAAGUUACAAUUGACAAAGCAUAUACCUAUCGUUCAAGUUUCAAAUGUAAAUCAAACACCAAUGUCAACAGAUAGCAAUGUAAAUGAGAUAGCUAAGCAGGAUAGUAGAAUGGACGACGAUGCUCUUGUUCUUAUGGGCGUUGAGGAAUUAAAAGUACAAUUAGAGGAUCACCAGAUUACAUUGCGUGGAAUGCUAGUUUCUUCGCACUUAGCAGAUUUACGCUAUCAAGUCGAAGCAUGGUCAACAAUGUUGCAGCAACUUAAUGAAAUUAUUGAUAGUUGGAGCAAUUGCCAACAAAAAUGGCUUCUCUUAUAUAAUGUGUUUCAAAGAAAGCGUAUUAAAACUGACUUGAGCAAGCAAUAUCAAGAAUUUGAAAAGAUCAACUCUGGUUAUAAGGAUUUCCUGAGAUCAGUUGUCGAAAAUCCCAAAGUUUUGAAUUUAGUGAAUCGUCGAAGGAGCCAGAAAGCCCACAAAGAUGUUCACGGAGAGAAUCUGUUGCAAUUACUAUUCAACUACAGCGAUACUCAGGACCAAAUAAUAAAACAUCUGUAUUUUCUUUUGGAAGAAGCUCGUAAUGAAUUUCCAAGAUUUUAUUUUAUUAGCAAUCAUCAAUUAUUAGAUAUUAUGUCGUACGCAGAUAACCCAUCAGCAUUAGCACAAUUUGUAAAUCACUGUUUUCCUGGAAUUUUAUCAUUAAAAUUGAUUCUUCCGGAACAAACUAUUUCUGUCAUGAGAAAUACUACUAAUGAAAUCAAUGCGGCUUUCAACGCUCAUUUAUUACAAGUAUCAGCACUCGAAGGCAACCUAGAUGAAGUUGUCGAAUUGACAACAAGAAUAAAGGCGGAAUCCCAGCCACAUAAAUGGUUUGCAGCAGUGGAAACUGGCAUGAAAGAAAGUUUAGCUAUUAUUUUACAGGAUUGUCUUCAUAGUCGAUUGGAUGGUAUGAAAGCGCCAGAUGAUAUCUCAAGUCUAAAUAAAUUACAUUACGUUAUUGAAAGUAAAUUAACUGGACAACUACAAUAUUGGCGUUAUGGCGAUAAUAUUAUAUCUUAUUUUAUGAGAUAUCCUUCGCAAUGUAUCGAACUAGUGGAAGCAAUUGUAUGGGCCCAAUGUGUCCUGUUAACUUGCUCUCGAGUUACGCCUGUCAGAUUUACAGACAUUAAGGAAUGGCUAAUGUCGAAUAUCAACUUUCUUGUUGACAACCUUAAUACUGGUAUUAAAUAUCGAGUAGCUGAACAUGCCCAAAAAAGAAUUGCCCUCCUUAUCACAUCACUAAUUACUAGAGCAGUUUACCAUAGAGACGUUAUGGAUAGAUUGAAUGAAUCUGCAAGUUACUCACCAAGAAGCUUCGAAUGGCAGAGCACAUUACGUUACGAUAUCAAGUAUAUGAAAGAAAGUAUUUCUCCCAAGCAACGUUAUAAAUUUGCAAAUCAAUCCGAACUAUCGCAGAUGUUUAAUUUAAUGCACAUCGAUUGCAAUCUCAAUAUUGUUGGUAGACAGAUUCAAUAUGGAUAUGAGUAUAGUGGACCAUACUCUAGAUUAGUUUUAACUCCAUUAACUGAACGUUGCUUUAUUGCCAUGGCUAGUGCUAUCAGUAAUUACCAGUGUGGAGCAAUAACUGGCUCAGCUGUAUUCGGUAAAGCGGAAACAAUUCGAGAAUUAGGCCUAUCUACAGCACAUCAUUCUGUCAUCUUCAGCUGUAGUAGUUUUAUGGAUAUAAGCAAUUUCUCCAAUCUUUUAACCGGUGUAUUAAAAAGUGGCAGUUGGCUUAAUUUACUACGAGUUGAUUUAUUGCCAACCAACGUCUUAUCGGUUCUUAGUCACUAUCUCAAUCAAUUAAGAGAUGGAUUAAAAUGCUUAGAUCUAUCACAAUCCAGUCAAUAUAGUCAACGUGGUAAAACAGUCUAUCAAUUAGAUUAUGACUUCAAUGAAGGCCUCGAGGAGAUUCUAAUCCCAAUUUAUUCCCGUCGAAAUUCAAUCAAUACACUGCAUAGUUUCAUAUCUAAAAAAGAAGAUAGCAGUCACCAUCAACGUUCUACUCCAUUACUGCAUCAGCUGCAACGUCGUAAUUCAACGGGAUCUUUAUCUGGAUCAAUUCAGACUGCUCACAGGCCGAUGAAAAAACAACAUUCUAAUUUUGAAUAUCAUUUUCAGCAUCGAUCAGCUAAUGAUAUGAAACGCUCAGCUAUUGAUUACCUUAAAACAACAUGUAAUUCGACUCCACCAAAAGUGUUACCGUUAGGUUCUAUAUGCUUCCAACAGCAAUUAAUCCAAGCUAAUCCUCAUCUAGGGUGUUUUGUUACUAUGGAAGCACACCAGAUAUUAGGAAGUAGACUACCUGAUAACUUUCGCAAAUUGUUGCGUCCAAUGUGUAUUAUUCAACCCGAUAUUCGCCCAAUUACUGAAGUUCUUCUGCUGUGUGGUGGUUUUAAUCAAAUCACCUAUUUAUCCAGUAAAAUAGAGAAAUUAUGGAAAAUGGCUGAAAUUCAAUUAACGUCUUCGUUGUCCUUGAAACUAUUACGUGAAAUACUGAACUGUUCAAGGCAGAAACUUGAAGAAAUCAAAAUACAACAAUUGAUUCAAAGUGAUCUUGAUCAGUCAUCGCCUACAAAUCCUGAUAAUAUCAAAUAUAGUAGUCCUGCACCAUCAGAAACGCUUACAACAAGAUCGGCAUCCCCUAUUUCGUCUACAUUAAAUCGUUCACCUGUCAUGAGUGAUCAGGAAAGCAAUAUCUCCAUUAUCAUGGAGGAAAGUGCUAUAGUUUAUGGGAUACAAACUAUUGCAAAAGCGCAAUUACUGAUUAAUGAUAAUAUUAUUAUAAAAAGAUUAGCCGAAGAUAUAUUCCCAGUGCAUCGUAAGAUAGAAAAUAUUGAAAAUUUGUCAGCUGACGAUUCAACCUUAAUUACAGCAGUUAAAGAACAGUUGAAAUUGGAAUAUUUAGAACCAACGCCUACUACAAUCAAUAAAAUCAUCAGCUUAAAUAUGAGUAUCAAAAAUCAUUUAGGUGUUAUUCUAUUCGGUCCUUCAGGUAGCGGUAAAAGUACUUCAUAUGAAAUGUUAAGUCGGGUCUUAAAUGUUCUUCAUACUGAACAAUUAUAUCAACAGUCCCCAUCAAGUAGACCCGUAACCAAAGGUGGCAGCAAAACCAAUUACAUUGGGCAAGAUAAUGAACCGACUAAAGCCAUUAAUAGUGAAGAGUUAACUACGGUAUCGACCGGUCCUCAACCGACAUUUCCUCGAGUCGAAACAAUUAUUACUUACGUUAAAUCAUUAAGCAACAAGCAGCUGUUCGGUUCUACCGAUUCUAAGGAUGGUUGGCAAGAUGGUUUAGUGUCUAAGUUAUUUCGCGAUGCUGCACAAUCUCAACGUCAACAGGCAACACAACGAAGCCACUCCUCAGUCAGUAAAUGGUUCAUAUUCGACGGUGUCAUGGACACAUCUUGGACCGAAUUGUUCAUUAAAUUAUUAGAUCGAUCAACUAUUACUUUACCAAGUUCAGAAAAAAUUACACUGCCUUCGUCUUGUUCACUGCUCUUCGAAUUAUGUGAUUUAACAGAUGCUAGCCCAUCUAUUGUUACGCGUUGCAGUCUUGUCCAUAACGGUAGUGAUGGAGUUAGUUGGAAACAUUUAAUUAGCAAAUGGCGUCAAAAUUCCAUCGGUAAUUGGCACAUAUCAGAUCACGAUAUGGAUUUACUAGCCUCAUUAAUUGAGAACAUCAUGGAGCCAGCAAUAGAGUUUUUCCGCUCGCAUCGGUCUAAAACGAUGAAUGAUUUUCAUUCAGUAGGUGUUGUUGAAGGUAUUCAUGAAAUUCACUCCUUGUUGACUAUCCUUUCCGCUUUAUUCGACCGUUAUAUGUCGAGAGAGGGUUUAUCAACCGCUGACUCGACUACUACGGAUUCUACUAAAAGUUUUAGUCGAGAUAUAGGCAGUUCACGACAGUCUACUCCAUCUAGUCCAUUGAGAACUAGGUACAGCGGAUCAAGCCUAGCUGUAGUUAACCUAUUAGCUUAUGCCUACAUUUGGAGUUUAGGUGGAAACUUGAAUGAAGAAUUGCAUCAACAAUUUGAUUUAUUAGUUCGUAAAUGUUUAUCAUCCUACGGUAUACAGCUACCAAAGAUGGGAUUGGUAUUUGACUAUUUAUAUGAUAAAAGAACUAGCCAGCUUGUCCAGUGGGAGUCUGUUUAUAGUAGUAGCCAGCGAAUGAUCCCGUCAUCCUAUUUUACUACAUGCAAUCUAGAAAAGUACUUUCAUCUGCUGGAGAUAUUAGUUGCAAACGGUUCCUCCGUUAUGUUAGUUGGAGAGUCUGGUGUCGGUAAAGGGUCUAUGAUUCAGAAUCGUAUUCAAUCGCGGCAUUCCUAUACCAAAAUUACAAUAACUCCGAACUUGCAAGUUGAUGAACUACUAGAUACUAUCAACAAUAAAUUAAAUAGUUUUGAACGUUUCCAAAUUGGCAGGCAAAAUAAUCCACAACAAACGGGUUCGCGAAAACUACUUUUUUACUUAGACGAUCUUUCAACAGCUUACAAUGAUCCUACCGCUAAUGCACAGCCAAUCUGUGAAAUUCUUCGUCAAGUAAUAUCCAUAGGUGGAACAUUUCAUCGGCACCGAUUAAAUUUUAGGAACAUGAGACAUAUUCAUUUUAUUAUUACUGCUACUGAUCCUUAUACCGCCGGUAUGGGAGGUGGCGUAUCGAGAUACUGCAUCAGUAGUCGCUUUCUCAGAUUAUUUCCAGUUAUUCGACUACGUAACUCGAGUCAUGAGCAGUUAACUGAUCUCUUCAAUACAUCAAUCAACUGUUGGCUAGAGCAGAUAGUACCUCAUCCUUUGGCUUGCUCAAAUGAAUUAUCCAAUGCACUUGCAACAGCAACGGUUGAAUUAUAUACAAAAAUUAAAGCUAACCUAAAGCCAACUCCACUCCAUCCACAAUAUGUUUUUACCUUACACAAUCUUCAUAGAGUUUUAAGCAGGAUGUUUUCUGUUUCCGUUAACCCGAGAAGUGUUCGACGACGAUCAUUUGUUCAAUUUACAAAUAACGAUAAAACUACCGAUAGGAAAGCACUAUCUAGUGUAAGUCAAGAUCCAAAUUUGCCAGUAAUACGUACCACUAUACGAUUAUGGUGUCAUGAAGUUAGCAGAGAAUUUUCCGACAGAUUAACCAAUGAAAACGAUCAACACCUUUAUGAAGAAGAACUACGUCAAAUUGUUAUUAAACAUUUUUGCAGUCGCAGGUCACCGACUACGAAUUUACCUUCAAAGGCUACUAGCAACAGUCUUACUAUUCCAAAAACUCCUGUUAAAAAACCAAUGCUGCUUACUGUUAAUCUGCCUGAAGCAUCAUCGACUCCUAAUUUAUCUAACGAUCCAUUAAUACAGCGAGAAGCCUUAUUCUCAUCCCGAGAAAAGCUUAGAGAUAUCGUUUUUACUAAAUACUUUAUGCCCAACAGUGAUGGGAGAUUUAAUCGUGGUGACUUUAAUCGAUAUUAUACGGAAUGUAGUCUAGGGGAAUUUAGAAUUGGAUUAGAACAAUGUCUUGCAACUUAUAAUGAAGAAACUUCCACUCAUCGUAUUGAAUUUGCCUUUUUCCCCGAAGCAGUUGAACAUAUCAGGCAUGCAGUAAAUGCAUUAUCAAUACCCGGCAGUCAUUGCUUAAUGAUAGGUGUUCCUGGCUCUGGAAAAAGUACAAUUGUAAAAUUGGCUACCUUUGCUGCAAAUUGUGAGGUCUUAAAAAUCGACAGCAGUAUGAUUGAUCAAGAAAUUUCGGAUACGAUAAAAAUUGCUUGCUUGUCUGCUGGGAUGUAUGAAAAAAGAACUGUUUUAUUGGUAUCUGACACGCUGCCAGAAAAAUGGAUGUACUAUAUUUCCUGUUCCUUAAUGACCGACGGCAUUAUUCCAGGUUUAAUUACACCUAGUGAACUAAUGAACAUUUGGUCACAAAAAGCAACUGGUAUUGGAACGAGAAGAAUUGAUAAUCCGGAUGUAGUAUAUGACCAAUUUACGAAUUUAGUACGAAAACAUCUCCAUGUCAUUGUUAGCUUAACAUAUCGAGGUGGAGCCGAAGGGGAUUUUUCAUAUGCGGAAAGAAGUUUAUUAACAAUGCUUAAUAAAUUUCCUCAGAUGCUCAUCAAUUCUUCUUGUGUUGAUAUCUACAAGCCUUUGUCGAUAGCAUCAUUACAAAUUUUUGCUCAAGAAUGGUUAGAGAAUAAUUUCAUACCAUUAAUCGAUACGAACGUUGAUCAUGAUUAUGAUCUCGUUAGCCGUCUCGACAAAAUUAGUAACGCGAUCGCUAGGAUCUUUGCUAUCUCACGAGAUACCGCCAUUCAACUAUCCAUUAAAGAUUCAUCCUAUGAUGAAAUGUUUACUUUGGAUACUUACAAUGAAUAUUUAGUUCUUAUUAGGACGAUAGCAUGCGAUAUUCUCGAUAAGGAAAAGGAAAUUACUAAGAUCUAUGAAAGUGGAUUGAAGAAGUUAAACGAAGUUGAAUGUGAAGUUGAGAUGAUAGAAAAUCGAUUAUCUCAGUUAAAACCUGUUCUUCAACAAAAUCAAAGGAUCUCACAACAGUGGCAAGCGGCAGUUGUUCAAGAGAAGGAAGAUUAUGUAAAGGCUCGCGAUGAGUGUCGUGAUACUGAGAAAGAAAUCGUGCGAAUUGGUGAUAUAAUACGAGAACUUAAAGAAGAUGCUCAUACGGAAUUAAAUAAGGUUUUGCCAUUAUUUGAAACUGCUCUCAAAGCUCUAAAAUCAUUAAAGCCUCAGGACGUUGAUGAAUUACGAACUUAUAGGGAUCCACCUGAUGCGGUUGUCCAUGUUAUGAAUGCAAUUUGCGUGCUUUUCGAUCGUGAAAGAAGUUGGUUUGAAUCGAAACGACUUUUAUACCGCGAAAAUUUCUUCUUGGAUUUGGAACUAUACGACAAAGAUAAUCUAUCAGAUAGCAAACAUAAGGAACUUCGACGAUUUUACAAUAAUCCGCAAAUGAAACCUGAAGUGGUUGGCCAAUCAAGUGCUGCUGCAUGUUCUCUAUGUCGAUGGAUUCGAGCUUUAUAUGAGUAUUCUACUGUGUACCGAAAAUUAACUCCUAGACGUCAGUUCCUACAAGAAGAAUCUAAACGACUUAUUAAAGUGGAAACGUUACUUGGUGAUCGACGGUUAACCUGUGAAGGCAUUAGAAGGAAAUUGGAGUCAAAGUUGCAGUCUCAUAAAGAUUGUAUUCGACAAGUUAAAGAAACUGAAAAGAGAAUUCAGGAAUCGAAUGAUAGAAUUGAUAGCGCUACGACAUUAAUUGAAAGUUUAAGGUUACACACUGGCGACUGGAAAAAGAAGGUUGCAGAUUCUAAAGAAAAUAUUAAUUCUUGUUUCGGUGAUGCUUUAGUAGCUGCUGCUUGUGUUUGCUUUCAUGGUCCUUUCAGUAUGGAAACAAGACUGCAAUUGCAGCAACUAUGGAUUGAUGCAUGUCAAAGUGGUGAUCAAAACGCAGCCACCACGGAAAAUAAUUCUCUACAAGGUUCCAUACCAGUUCGAAAGAAUUUCAAUUUAGUAGAGAUUUUAAGUAGCGAAGAAGAACAGUAUAUAUGGAAAAGGAAUGGAUUGCCAACGGAAUCGAUUGAUAUCAAUAAUGCUUUGAUAUUAAGAACAGCAAGUGAUCAUCGUUUCCGAUCGUGGCCGUUAGUGAUUGAUCCCGAUGAUAUUUCACUUGAAUGGGUUAAGGCAUUAAUGUCAUCGGAAACAAAGUUAGGUCAAUAUGCUAAGAGAAGGCUAAUGAUGAAUCCAAUGCUAAACUAUAAAUUGAAUGAUAUUGUACAUGAUAUGACCUUUACAAGUUCAACAACUACCUCACCCGAUAUCUCUGAAGAUAAAAUUAUCGAUCUACCUAGUUUCGGAUCAAUGCAUGGAAUAUUUAAGCCUCGUACUUUAACAGUGUCAUCAGGAAUGAAUACUUCGCCAUCUUUAAUAGGAGUAUCCUCAGUUUUGCCCGAACAGAUCGAGACAAGCAUGAUGAUUCAAAGUCAAGAAAGAAGUGUGAUGGUAAUCAAUAUAGACAGCGAUGGAAUUCAAGAACGUGUUUUAGAAGCCGUACAAAAUGGUUAUGUCUUGAUGAUUCGACAUUUUGAGCGUGUUGUCAACGAUGAUUCAUUAAUCAGUUUAAUCCAACGCAAUAUAGUAUUCGAUCAAUAUGAUCACAACAAAAUGAAAAUGCGCAUAGCUGGCGAACUGAUUGAUUUUAAUCCAAAUUUUCGUCUUGUCCUGAUAUCAUCAUUUCCAUUAGCAGUGAUACGAAGCAGUUUGUCUGUUUUGCCAUUUGCCAACCUUGCUAUUUAUAACAUUGCCGCUAGUGAUCAAGGAAUGCUUACAGAAUUAUUUAAUAUGACAAUUUCGCUUGAAAGGCCUGAAUACAACGGUCAACUACGAUCUUUAGAUGCUGAUGUGCAUCAUCAUCGUCAGCAGUUAGAUGUUGAAAUGGGACGAAUAUUGAAAAAAGUUUCCAAUUAUGAAAACUUAAUACUGGAUGAUGAAACACUAGUAGAAGAACUCCAAAAAACGCGUCAAAAUUACGACCUUUAUCAAGAAAGAUUGCAGGAAGCGUUAAAGCAACGUAAUAAUCUAAUUGAUAGACAACAAGCAUUUCUUCCUGUUGCAACACGUGGAGCUAUCCUCUACAAAAUAAUGAGUAAUAUGAUCUCACUGUCUUCUUUAUAUCAUUUUCGAUUGGGAUGGUUUCUGGAUACUUUCACAAGUGCGAUAUCGGAAUGUAAAGAUAGUAAAAUUAUAGGUGGUUCACCGGACGCUAGAGCUGCGGAGUUAUGCAACUUUCUAACUCUUUCUAUAUGCAAGCGUCUUUCUUGGUCAUUGCUUAAAAAACACUCAUUUCUAUGUAUUUCAAUGGUAACAAUCUCGAUACUAAGGCAGCAAUCAAUUAAUCAACAAAUUACAAAUGAGGAAUAUGUGCUAUUUGCUAAUGGCCCGAAAACACAGUUAUCACUUAGAAAUUCAUCAGAGUUUACUAUUAACGUAGACAUUCCAGCAUGGAUAUCUAGAGAGUCAAAUCCUAGUUUAAUAUCAACAACGCCUGGAUAUCCAACCUUAUCUCUCAGCUUCUUUCAGAAAGCAUUACUACUAAGAUUAGUUAGACCAGAGUUGACAACCAAAAUACUGGAAGAGUUAAUAUUGUAUACUCUAGGAACUGCUUAUAGUGUUAUGCCGCCAUAUAAUUUAGACGAGCUUGUCAAAUCAAGUAAAGUGCAUACACCUAUCUUGUGCUUUACUGAAAAUCAACAUGCUGAAGAUGAUAAUAAGAAUAUGGAUAAUACCGCACUCAGCAUUGAUGCUCUUAAGGAAAUAAUGUCGUGCGGUGCACGCUUUUCCAUGAAUGGUCGAAUAGUACAUUUAUCACUCGGGGAACCAGACUGUAUCUCUGAAGCUAUUAGAAUCAUUAAACUAGCUUUAAGAACUGGAUGGUGGGUUGUACUACAAAAUUGCCACCUUGUUCAGUAUUGGUCUACUGCUCUUAAAAAUUUAAUCCAGAGAAUUAUUUACUCCAAAUAUUCUCCUCAAAAAUGGAAUAUUCAUCAAGAUUUUAGAUUAUGGUUUACAACAAGCAUCAAUCGAGGAUAUGAAAUGCCAGCACUAUUCUCUCAACAUAGUAUAAAAGUUGCUAUUGAACAGAGUGUCAAGCUGCAAGAUAUAUUAUUCACAUCCUAUCAUCAGUCAGUAAAUUUCCUGAAAGUUGGACUUCAGCGACAACACUAUAAACCGUUACAAGCCCAUGCCAAGAGUGACUUUCUAUGGUUGCUAUGUUUUAUUCAUACCAUUUUACUAAAACGACAAACUUUUGGUCGCUUCGCUUCAAUUCAUAACUACCAAUGGUCACAAGAGGACUUACUAGCUGCUAUUGAUGCUGUCGUUUGCUGUAUCAAUGAUGACAUUGCGAGCCUUACCAGUUUAAUUACCUCAGUAUUUUAUGGUGGUGCAGUUAUUUCCGAAUUUGACUUGAAUACAACGCGUUCUGUCAUCACAUUAGCUAUCAAGGAUUUGCUACCGUUGGUUAAAGAUAGACCAUUUCUGUCCUAUCAAAUGUCGAAUAAAGAUUGGAAAGAUGUUUUAAGUCAUCUUGAUCAACUGGUUUAUAUCGGACUAUCUGAGAAAGUAGACGAAGCUGUAUCAGCGAAUUUUGGGAUGUAA